UCCAAGCAUUUGUUGCACACUCGGUCACCAUGGGCAAGGAGGUCGACGUGUCCACCCUCGAGGCCGGCGCCGGCGGCGUCCGGGACUACGAGGACCCGCCGCCGGCGCCGCUGGUCGACGUCGACGAGCUGGGCCGGUGGUCGUUGUACCGCGCCGUCAUCGCCGAGUUCGUCGCCACGCUGCUGUUCCUCUACGUCACGGUGGCGACGGUGAUCGGGUACAAGCACCAGACGGACGCCGCCGUGGGCGGCGCCGACGCGGUGUGCGGCGGCGUGGGCGUCCUCGGCAUCGCGUGGGCGUUCGGCGGCAUGAUCUUCAUCCUCGUCUACUGCACCGCCGGUAUCUCCGGCGGCCACAUCAACCCGGCGGUGACGUUCGGGCUCUUCCUGGCGCGCAAGGUUUCCCUGGUGCGCGCGGUGCUGUACAUGGUGGCGCAGUGCCUCGGCGCCAUCUGCGGCGUCGCGCUCGUCAGGGCGUUCCAGAGCGGGUUCUACGGCAGGUACGGCGGCGGCGCCAACGAGGUCGGCGCCGGCUACUCCAAGGGCACCGGCCUCGCCGCGGAGAUCGUCGGCACCUUCGUGCUCGUCUACACCGUCUUCUCCGCCACCGAUCCCAAGCGCAACGCCCGCGACUCCCAUGUCCCGGUCCUGGCGCCGCUGCCAAUCGGGUUCGCGGUGUUCAUGGUGCACCUGGCCACCAUCCCCAUCACCGGCACCGGCAUCAACCCGGCGAGGAGCCUCGGCGCCGCCGUCGUCUUCAACGACAGCAAAGCAUGGAGCGAUCAGUGGAUCUUCUGGGUCGGGCCGUUCAUCGGCGCGGCGAUCGCGGCGUUGUACCACCAGGUCGUCCUCCGCGCUAGCGCCAGGAGCUACGGCUCCUUCCGGAGCAACGCCUAGCUCCUGGUUUGUGGAAGAACGGAGUGAGCAAGGAGCACUGGUAGAUCAGAAGUAGCAGUAACUUCAGUCAAAAGUGAAGCCUGCAGCCUGCAAAUGUGUUGUGGAAAAACCAUUGUACCGUGGCUAUGUCCCUGUGUACCUUUCUUUGUCUCAACAUAAAAAUCAGCUAGUAAUUAAUAAAUUAUGGUGGGAGAAUGCAAGAGAUGAGAAGAAAAUAUGGGGAAAUUUAACUAUUUGCCACUUUUAGAUUUGGCAAUUAGCCAAAUGCCACUUUUAUCGUUGCACUUAUUUUUUUGUCAUGAGAAAGAGAAACUUUCUUAACUUUUUACCAUUUUCUGCACUUUGGAGUGCCACAUGGCAAGGACGCGCACAAUUACCACA